GAACGAGAGGACACAAAAGUGGGGCGGGGGAGGAGGAGGGCAGGCGCGGAGAGAUGGGCGACGGCCGAAGCGGCGGUGGCGGAGGAGUGAAUCGGCCGGCGUGGCUGCAGCAGUACGACCUCGUGGGGAAGAUCGGGGAGGGCACCUACGGCCUCGUUUUCUUGGCGCGGACGAGCCUCCGUAAGUGCUGCAUUGCCAUUAAAAAAUUUAAGCAAUCCAAAGAGGGCGAUGGCGUCUCUCCCACCGCAAUCCGAGAGAUCAUGCUACUGCGAGAAACUUGUCAUGAGAAUGUUGUCAAACUGGUGAAUGUACACAUCAAUCAUGUGGAUAUGUCUCUCUAUCUAGCAUUUGAUUAUGCUGAGUAUGAUCUCUAUGAAAUUAUCAGACAUCAUCGAGAAAAGCUUAGCCACAGUAUUAAUCAAUAUACUGUAAAGUCGUUGCUCUGGCAGCUGCUUAAUGGACUAAACUAUCUUCAUAGUAAUUGGAUUAUACACCGUGAUCUGAAGCCAUCAAAUAUUCUGGUUAUGGGAGAUGGAGAGGAACAUGGAGUUGUAAAAAUUGCUGAUUUUGGACUUGCUCGAAUCUAUCAAGCUCCACUGAAGCCAUUAUAUGAAAACGGGGUUGUGGUAACUAUUUGGUACCGUGCUCCUGAACUGCUACUUGGUGCAAAGCACUAUACAAGUGCUGUUGAUAUGUGGGCUGUCGGAUGCAUUUUUGCUGAGCUAUUGACUCUGAAACCAUUGUUCCAAGGAGUUGAAGCCAAAGCUACUCCAAACUCUUUUCAGCUUGAUCAAUUGGACAAGAUAUUCAAGGUACUAGGGCAUCCUACACCUGAAAGGUGGCCUACAUUGGUUAAUCUUCCAUAUUGGCAAAAUGACCAGCAGCAUAUUCAGGGCCAUAAGUAUGAUAACCAUGGUCUACAUAAUUUUGUUACCGUGCCUCAGAAAAGUCCUGCAUAUGAUCUUCUAUCGAAGAUGCUGGAAUAUGAUUCUCGAAAGCGUAUUACUGCAACGCAAGCUCUGGAGCAUGAGUACUUCCGGAUGGAUCCUCUGCCAGGACGGAAUGCUUUAGUACCAUCUCAACCAGGAGAAAAAAUUGUUAAUUACCCUGCUCGCCCAGUUGACACCACUGCAGAUUUUGAGGGAACAGUCGCUGUUCAACCUUCUCAACCGGUAUCUUCUGGAAAUGCUGCUUCUGGAAACAUAGCAGCUGCAUCUGUUGCCCCUUCAAGAUCCAUGCCUCGGUCUAUGCAUGUAGUUGGAAUGCAAAGGAUGCCAAACACAGGCAUGUCAACUUUUAAUGUUGCACCCCAAGCUGGCAUUGGUGCUCCAAGUUCUGGUAAUAUUCCUAUUCCAAGGGGUGCCGCAGUUCAGGCCCAUCAGCAGCAGCUGAGACGAAAAGAUCCAAGUAUGGGAAUGCAGAAUCCUGGUUAUCCUCAACAGAAGAGGCGCUUUUGAGAGGACUCCAGUAAAAUAUUCAGUAAUGUCGAAGUCAAAGCUAAGCCAACUUUUGUCCUUGGCAGGAAACCCAAUGGAGGCUGUACGUGUCUUUUUGAGGUACAAAUUGUCCUACUUCUGACUGGAUAACUAGAUUAACUCAGUUUUUUAAAGUGAAAUAUCCUCACUUAUGACAGAUGCAACUCAACUUGUCUCUAACUUACCUCUCAUUUGGUACAAAAGAAGUUAAGAUUUUGUUAGAUUGAUUCUAUAAGGGUUUUCUUAUAUCUAAACAAAAAGACGUACCUAGGGCAUGAGGCUCCCGCUAAUGUGGAGUCUGGGAAGGGUCAAUGUACGCAGUCUUACCUUUAAAUAUUUAAAGACACUAUUUCCGUGACUAGAAUCUUGAUCUCUGGCAAAGGAGCAAUCUUACUAUUGUACCAAGACCCACUCUCAAGUUUUAUUAUAUCUGGUGAAGGAUAAAGUUUGUAAGUAGAAAUCCAAUAUGUGUAGCUUUUCAUUUGUUUGUUUAAUUGCAAUGUCUUGAACCAGUUGUGAGCAUUGAUGCUUCUGACGGUAUGCUAUUAAAGGGUCAUUUUGUUGAAUUAAGACUUCAUGAUAGAUGAUCGAACA